UUGAGCCAAAAACAAAAAAUAACCAUAACAAAAUUCUUCACUUUCAGCUUACCCCCAAUGGACUGGACCAGGGUCCGUCCCCUCGGAAAUGGCUCAUCGGCCACCGUCUCUCUCGCCGACUCUCGCCGCUUCGGUGGCUUUAUCGCCGUCAAGUCGGUGGAGUUUUCCCAAUCCAAAAUUUUGCAAAGAGAGCAGAGGAUUCUAUCUACUUUGAGCAGUCCUUUUGUGGUGAGCUACAUAGGUGAAGAUGUUACCUUAGAGAACGACAACAAGCUCAUGUACAAUCUAUUCAUGGAGUAUGUACCUGGUGGUACACUCACCGAUACAACUAUCCGCCACGGUGGUCGUCUCGAUGAAUCGCUGAUCGGAUACUACACACGGCAAGUCGUUCAGGGGUUGGAGUAUUUGCAUUCAUGUGGGUUGGUACAUUGUGACAUCAAAGGUAGGAACAUCCUGGUCGGGGAAGAUGGUGCGAAGAUUGCAGAUUUCGGAUGCUCCCGGUGGGUUAAUCAGCCGGCGGAGAUCGCCGGAACUCCAAUGUUUAUGGCUCCGGAGGUGGCUCGUGGUGAAGAACAGGGGUUUGCUUGUGAUAUAUGGGCUUUGGGUUGUACGGUCAUUGAAAUGGCUACUGGAGGUUCACCAUGGUCUAAUGUGGGUUGUGACGCAGUUGGUGCUCUUUAUCGGAUUGCAUUUUCCGGUGAGUCGCCGGAGUUUCCGAGUUUUCUUUCCGAGCAAGCAAAGGAUUUCUUGGGACAGUGCUUAAAGAGGAAUCCGAAACAGAGGUGGACGGCUAGUCAGCUUCUGAAGCAUCCGUUUCUUGAGGAAUUCAAUUCAUGUUCCAAGCAAAUCAAAGAAUCUAAUUCAAGUAGUUGUUCUCCAACAAGUAUUCUCGAUCGGGGAAUUUGGAACUCGCUGGAGGAAUCAGAGACGAGGUGUUGUGAGAAUGAAAAUUCUACUGUUGCUGACGAUAAUAGGAUCAGACGGUUGGCAAUGUGUUCAGGGUUGCCUGAUUGGACUUCGGAUCAGAGUUGGGUCACAAUCAGAGUGAAUCAUAAUUAUGAUGAUGAUGAUGAAGAUAAGGUUGAAGUGGUUGGUGGGUCAGGAAUGGCUUCAGUUAGUUAUAAUAUAGAAGAUUUUGAAAUUCCAGCUCCUUCUGUUAGGAAGGAGUUGGUGAAUUUAUCGUAUAGCAAUGUUAGUGAUAGAAAUGGUAGAGAUAGUUUUGAAGACUUCAAGAACUGUAGGAAAAGCAGUGUAGAUUGUAGCAAUUUCAUUUUUGUUAGGGACAAAGACAAAUUGUUAUCUUCUUUAAUUUCAAGAUGUUAGGAAUCACAAAACUUUAUAACAUUUUUUGUUUGAAU